AUGAAAUUAUUUACUAAUACGUCCGAAUUUGAUUAUCCAUGGGAAAGAGUUACUGCAGCAAAUUGGAACAAAUAUCCAAAUGAAGUUUCUACCCAUGUCAUUGCAGUUGACGUUUUAAAAAGGGAAGUAAAGGAUAAUGGGAACGUUUUAGUGACAGAACGUUUAAUAACUGUGCAACAAGGUGUUCCACGCUGGAUAAUGACUCUUAUUGGGUGUAAGGAUAAUAAAAGUUAUGUUAGGGAGAUUUCUACCAUUAAUUUGAGGGAAAGAUCACUGAAGAUGCGAUCUUGUAAUUUGUCCUAUGUUAAUAUCCUUAGAGUAUUUGAGUCUGUCGAUUAUAUUCCAGAUCCAGUUGCCCCACACGAGAAAACUAUUUUCAAGCAAGAAGCAAGGAUCACUGCAUAUGGGACUUUUAGUAGGAUCUGUGAUUCAAUGGAGGAGUUUUCCAUAAAAAGAUUUUGUGAUAAUGCACAAAAGGGUAAGAUUGGGUUUGAAAAGGUACUUAAAAUGUUUAAUGACACUACAGAUGAGAUAAGUACUACAAUUGUCAACAAAUACAAUGAAACCGUGGAUGAUAUUAAACGUUACAAUAUGUUCCAAGAUAUUGAGAGAAAAUGUACUAUAUUAUCGGAUUAUUAUGAUAUCUUUAACGAUGCCUUUGCAAGAUCUUAA